GUACAUGGACGUUUGUGUUGGUUGUGCAUGUCGUGAACAGCCAACAGUUCGGCAGCUUUGGUCGAUCGUCGAUCAUCACUCUGCUAUAUUCAAGGCCUUGAACGAUUUUGUUGUUCCGCCAUACUGAAUGUCUUACGGCUCUCCAUUUAACGUCCAUAGAUAUUGCAACAAUCGUGGACAAUUUGAUGAAUACCGACGACACCAACUCCCCUGCUUCCACCGACAGUGAUGCUGUCAAUUGCUCAACUGCGAGAGUCUACUUCGGUCCAGUACAAUCACCGGAGAAGAGACUCAUCGCUAGCGAGGUCACGCGAAGACGUGGGCUGAGUGUUGGCACCGUCGACUCUCUCCUUCGUCCAUCGGGACUGCCUGCUCUCCAUGCCCCUCCAUCGCCACAGGAAAUCACGCGCGCACCGGACGAAAGUGUCGAACGAAGCGACGAAGAUGCAGAUGAGAUCUCUGAUGUGGCUGCUCAUCUAUCUCGUGAAGACACGCCUGAGAAUGAUACCUUGGGCCAGAACGAACCAUCAUCCGUUCUUGCAAGUCGAAUUAUGCGGGCUUGCGAUAAUCCUUCCCCUCCUCCGCGGGCCCACCCCACCCUUUACUUUGGUCUUGUGAUGAGGGAUGGACGCACACCAUUCCCAGAUAUAUCUGCACCCCCUAGCCCGUUUCGCCCCAUAAAUUUGCGUGAGAGACUGAGCCAGUUCUCUCCGACAGAACGUGCUUUGUCGCAAGAACCACCGCAGCAUCAAGUUUCCUACAAUCAGAAUUCACCUCCACAGGAUUCUGCUGGUAACAUCUUUCAGCCCGAUCUCAUCUCAUUUGAAUCUUGCUCCGCACUAGUCAAGACUGCGGAAUCUUCUACAGAAGGACGUCCCUGUGGUUCUCCAAUUCAAACUUUAUCGUCUAGCGUAGAUGAUCUCCUCUCGCAAUCCCCAGAGCAUCCUUCUGUCAUACCUGCCCCUCGUGUAGACGGCAUAGAACAGUCUAGUUCCUCGGAUAGCCUAAAUAAGCUUCCUCAGGGAUGCCCACCGGCUGACAUGGAAUCUAGACCACCACACUCCAGCUUUCCUUCGCCAUUACCCGUGCGGCGAUCAGCACGCCUUAGUGGGACUCCACGCCCCAACCAAACCACUCACACACAGCAACCUCCGGAAACGCCGAAACUCAAAGGAAAAUCGAAGGCGACAAUAACCGCGCCCGAGGGGAACGUUCCCCUGAUGCGGGAUGAGCAACCUGUUGAUCGUGGUGAUGCAGAUCCAUACCCUGAUAUUCAAGGAUUGGUAGAUGAUAAAGAGAGACGACGAUCACGAAGACGGGCAUUAAACGGGAAAUAUGACACCACCCCCAAUUUCCAAAGGGAAUUAGGGUCCCUUUCUCCCCAGUCCGCGGAUGUCUUAACGCGUUUAUUGCCGUCCGAGCGAUCUACGCCACUCCCAGAGGGACAGUAUUCGCUACCACAACGUGAAAUUUCUUUGGUAUCUUUGGACCCUCCAUUGUUGACACCACAGAGGCCAAAAUCAGAUGCUCAGCAACCAAAUUAUCCCCUGGCCACUGCGCAGCGGCCAUUGGUUGUCGCUCCAACACCUAUUCGUCCGAAUGGAAAUCUACUCGGUUCUUCCUCUCAUCUCAAGUUUUCCUUGACCGUCGACGAUGCCUCUCGCACACCAGCGAGAAGGGUGCCCAUUCAAGGUGCCUUCGUACAGGGCUCUGCAUCCUCACAAAACACAAUGCUAUUGUCUGCGAAACGUGACGCAUCGACACGGUUGGUGGGCAUGCGUGGACCCGUCUUUUCGCGCCCUGCGUUGGACGAUCCAUCUCGUAGCCCUGCUAAGCGUAUUCUAAUCACAGAUUUCAACAGUCCUGUGCGCUCUCCAACUCGACCAGCGGGUGCGAGGGCUCGAAGUGCCUCAGCGGAACCGAAACCCAUUGUCUCUCAACCUCUCCGAAGUCAUUCUGUAGACCCCUUACCCCGCGCCGCUGAUAACAAGGGCAAAGAGCCUAUGUUCCCUAAUUUUUCUUCCAAACCGAGAUCUGGCGCCAAACUGCCGUUCCCUCUAGUGGUUGGGCAGAAGACAGGGACGGAUUUCCCGCAAUCUAUUCCUGAAGAGGCAGAAGGAUCUGAGGCUGUCGGAGAAGAUUUAAUCGCUAAUCAGGCUACAUCGUCCUCCAGUCCUGUGAAGUUUAGUUUGAAACAGCCCUCUAUUGGUAGUCGCAUACCAAGAAUUGGCGCCAAGCCUUAUGCUAGACCACAGCCAAAGAAGCCGGUUUCAUCCACAGCUGCAAAGUUACCUGCCUUUGGUACUGGACCGCGUGUCCCACUUUUCAAAUCAGCUCCCGCUGGCAAUGGUAAUAGCAGCUCCGAAGAAUCAUCUGCCAUCGCCCCACCACUAAAUCGAAAAUUCGACGGGAAAUCUGUAGCAGAGCCAUCAGUACUCUCGACCCUGAAGCGAAAGCGUGGCAUAGAAGAGACUGCUACGUCUUCCCCUACUCAUCCUGUGAUGGUCCGCCAGAUUGUGCCUGGAAUGCUUGGUAGCAAGUAUGCCCCCAAAGCAGCACCUGGGCUCCCACCAACGGCUCCCUCUCUACCAGAGCCGAGUCCUCGGAAGCCGCCUGGCCCUAUGAAGUUCCGCAAAGUCGAGCCCGGAGUCAUAUCAGCGCGUUAUGCAGCGCCCAUCAAACCGACUGCAUCUGAUUCUCCAGCCGCCGAUGACCACAGCAGCAGCCCGCAGAUUUUGAUCGUGCCUGAGGCACCAGUCACCCAAUCAUCUUCACCUCCCAAUUCAACCUUCCCGCCUGCUCUACCAGAACCUGAACUUGCAAAGCCAUCACAUGAUGCUGUUGAGCCCAAAGAAACGGUGGAAGCAUCUGCACAUCAGCCACUAGCAAACCGAGGUCGGGGCCGUCGAACGUCUCGACGCAAGCCUGCAGCGCAGCAUGCCAGCGACGUUUUUGGUCCGUCCACUUCAACGCAACCUCUCCAGCUUCGACGUUCACGGCGCUCUGAGGGCGAGGGCUUCAUGGGGAUGAGCGCAGUUGCUCUCCAAGCCCUCACCACUUCCAACACCACAAAAAACCAGGAAAUUUUCGCAAAGCUGGAAAGGGAGGUAAUUCGCAAGGAGGGCACCAGGCCAGAGAGCCCUGCAAUCAAGGUUCGGACGAUCUCGCAAAAACAGAGAGAUAUGAGGGAUCGGCAACGACUUGAACGAGCUGAGCGGAGGGCGAAGCGGGGUGAAGACGGGCCCGGAUUGAGUGAUUGUGAAGGUGCUAGCGAACUGGGUGAUCAAUACAUCCUUGGAUUUGAUAAAGAACAUGAUGAAAAUGACGGGGUGGUCUGGACAAAGCAUCGUAGGGGACCAGGAGAAGUGGAGGAUUAUGAGACGCCAGUUAGGCCUGAUCGGCCGGUCAAACGUUUGCGGUUUGGGGAAGGCCCUCAGCAGGAAGAGGAAAGAGAAAGCAAACGGGUGAAGUGGCAUCAGGGGUUAUCCACGGAAAUUUAUUUGGAUGAGGUUCAUCCUCGACCUCACUCGUGGACUAAGGACUUUGUCAUUGAGAAAAGCUGCUUAGCCCCGACGUCCAAGAAUCUUCGCUUAGACACUCUGGGCAACGUGAUGGAUGUCGAGCAGCAUCCAUUCACUGACCUUCACCCAGAGAACAUCGUGGUAAAGAAGUUUGUGUAUGACAACGACGCUGAGGUGGUGGUGAAAGAGGUUAUACCCCCAAAAAUCACCAGAUCGAAGAGUAAGAAAUCGAAAAGUUAGCUAGGCUGCAUAUUCUAUUCACUCUCUAAUGCGCAUUUGUCGAUACUGUCGAUGCUGUAUCCUUAUUGUAUCUGACACACGGUCGUUCGCUUCUAUCGGCUUGUAGGGAAUGUCUAUGUUACAAUGACUUCGAGUAUCAAAUCAGAACUGGGAUAUUACAGCUUCGGCGCCCUGUAACUGAGGGUGGCACUGGCUUGGUUCACUGGGAGCACGAAGACUUCAGCGAGAUUGACAUGUGGAGGGCGCGACGCAGCCCAGACUAUCUCUUCCGCGAUGUCCUCAGCCACCACUUUGUGAUAUGUGAGUAUAUGCGGGUUACAGGUAUA